AGUAAAGAGUCGCUUGUGUUGAAAAUCAGUGACGUUUCUAUGGAAACGCUGAUCAGCCGAGCUCUGUUCAGGAGUUUGAGUCGAGUUUAAGACAUUAAUGGCAAACGAUUUGGUUAUCAGGGCCUCGAAAGGGAAUGCUAAAUCUGUUCACCUGAGCUCUAGAAAUAUAAGAACUCUUUCUAAAGCGUUUGGAAAGUUAACCUGCAUGUUGGCACUACAUUUAAACAACAACCGCCUCGCCAGUCUGCCUACUGAACUACAGUCACUGCAACAGUUAACAGAACUUAAUCUGGGGAAUAACGUUUUUGAGGAGAUCCCUCCUGUGCUGAAGCAUCUGAACAGUCUAAAAAAACUCUACUUGUUUGGAAACAGAAUUUCCAGAUUACAUCCAGAGGUUUUAGAAGGCCUUCCAAACCUUACAGUUCUCAAUCUGAAUCACAACAGAAUCAAGCUCAUUCCUCCAGCCAUACAGAGACUUUCUAAUUUGGAAGUGAUCAGUCUUAUGGGCAAUCAGCUUGAAGAGAUUCCUGCUGAACUGGGACUGCUGAGGAAUUUGACUGAGAUUAAUGUGGCCAAUAACAAGCUGACUGAAAUUCCACAGCAACUUUAUAAUUUAACACAAUUAAGGAAACUGAGCUUGGCGAGGAACAGUCUGACAGACUUACCUGAGGGUAUUCUCGGAUGGGAAAGCUUGAAGAUCUUAGAUGUCGCUGGCAAUCGCUUGUCUAUGUUUCCAUUUGAAUUUCAGUUUCUUGCACUGGAAGAGCUGUUUUUUGAGGGAAACAACUUAGUGAAGAAUGAGCUGUUUGAGUCCACUCAAGAGAAGGAAGUCUUUUCAUUGAAGGAGCUUGCCGCCAGGCUUAUUCUGAAAGAAGACUUGAAUAAGUCGUCUGUGGUGUCCAGAGCUCUGCUGCUUUACCCUGAUCUGCAGACCAUGCUGUCUCGCUGGGGCAGGUGUGCUGUGUGCUUCCAGCCCUUCCAUACCACCUGGCUGGAGUGUGUGCAGUUCAUCAACCUCCGAAAGGACAUGAAGAUGAAAAACUCACAGAAUGUUCCAGUGCGAGUCCUGUUGUGCUCAUACUCCUGCUUCAACAAGAGUGGACACUCGUACUAUGGCGUUGCUAGAGUAUAACCAUCCGUAAAAGGUGCUCUAUCACUCUUACUGUCAUCUUUGUCAUAUAUUCUCAUCAUUUGUAGUUACUUUGUCAGUGUACCACCAGAUGGCAGUGUUUGAUCAAUGACUGGCUGUGCAUGCUAAAGAAAUGUAGUCUGUGCCACUGAAAAUCACUCAUAUUAAAGCAGAUAAUACAUCCUUUGCUGAAAUUGACAGAUAACUCACAUAAGAGGAUCCUUUUUUUACAUAGCAAUAUAUGGAAAUUUUAUACCUCUAAACUUAAAUAAAGUUCCCUGCUUAAGUCUUUAGCAAGUUUAAAUGGCAGUUUCAUUUGGGAAAGUGUGCUAUUUUGGCAGCUUUGAUCAGUGGUGCAUGAUGUUGGAAAAUGACAAUGUAGAAAAAUGCUUAGCAACAUUGUUUUUUUAAAACAGUGGUGCCAAACAUGUGACUAGUUUGAGGAAAUGUAUGAUUUGGAGACCAUUGAACCUUUAAUAAAAUACAAAAUUGACCACAUGGCUGGAAAAUUCUCAGACGAUAUAUUACUUUUUCCUUCAGUCUUCAUCAAGGGUGGAGUCAUUUUUGACUUGUAGCUGCAUGUUUAAUGAAUGUAUGAACUUUUUUUGGCUUAUGUCACUAAUUAAAUGUAGCUUAUA